AUGGCUCUGCCUCUGAGAUUCUUGAGCCGGGGCUUGGCCAGCGCAGCCAAAGGAGACCAUGGAGGAGCAGGAGCUGGCACCUGGCGCCUGCUGACCUUCGUGCUGGCGCUCCCUGGAGUGGCCCUGUGCACACUCAACUGCUGGCUGCACGCAGGCCACCGUGAGCGUCCCGAGUUCAUCCCCUAUCACCACCUCCGCAUCCGCACUAAGCCCUACUCCUGGGGGGACGGCAACCACACGCUCUUCCACAAUCCCCAUGUCAACCCUUUGCCCACUGGCUAUGAGCACCGCUGA